AUGCCAAGUGCAACGUCGCUCCCGCCGGGCACCGACCCCACGCUCCACCUACCGCGCAUCCUCUGCCUCCACGGCGGCGGCGUCAACGCUUCCGUCUUCAAGGUGCAGUGCCGCGCCCUCAUCUCCCGCCUCAAGAACCACUUCCGCCUCGUUUUCGUCGACGGGCCCUUCAUCUGCGCCCCCCACCACGACAUCGUCUCCGUCUACGGCGAUUACGGGCCCUUCCGCCGCUGGCUGCGCUGGCUCCCUGAGCACCAGGCCGUCGACGCCGAGACCGCCGCCGCCGAGAUCCACUUCCAGCUACGUAUGGCCAUGGACGACGACGACGCGCUCGGCGCCACGGGCGAAUGGGUUGGCCUGCUGGGCUUCAGCCAGGGGGCCAAGAUCAGCGCAAGCCUCAUGUACACCCAGCAGAUGCUUAAGCAGAAAUACGGCAAGCGCAUCGCCUCGGCCGGUGGUUCCGCCGACUGGAAGUUUGGUGUUCUGCUCGCCGGCCGCGCGCCCCUGAUCGUGCUGGACGACCGCCUCGAGGCCCCGCAGGGCGUUGGCGACGCCUCCGAGGCCAGCGUCGAGUUCCACGACUGGCCUAAAGGCUCGUCCACCGCCCACAUGCUGAAGCUGCCGACCAUCCACGUCCACGGCCUCAAGGACGCCGGCCUGGACCACCAUCGCCGGUUGCUGAAGCAGUACUGCCAGCCGGGCACGACGCGGCUCGUUGAGUGGGACGGCGCACAUCGGGUCCCCAUCAAGACGUGGGAUGUUGAGGCCGUGGCGUCGCAGAUUCUAGACUUGGGGCAUGAGCUUGGUAUUCUGAGUGAGAGGGACACCGGGGAGAUUGCAUAG